UCUCCUCUAUUAUCAUACCUAACCUCAAAGUACGGUCGCAACAUGGACAUCGAUACGGCUAGCGAUAAUACGUCCAUCGAUGACAAGAUAGACGAUUUUUGCGAAAAUCCCACGCGAGAUGCAUUAACGGAGGGUCUCAUGAGCCUUCUGAAACCUACGGUGGACCAAUUGGAUGAUAGGAUUCGUGCUACAAGGAUAUGUCAAAUUGAGCUGAAGCAACGAAUUGAAUCCUUAACGGAGGAACUUCAGAGAAUCAACGAAGCAUUGCAAUAUCCACUGGACACAGAUUCUUAUGUAAAAAAACUUGUUAAUGCAAAGCACAAGAUUACCAUUGUUAGCAACAUCUUGCAAACUACUCAAGAGCGGUUGAACAAGAUACAUCAAGCUGUUGAAAAGAGUACUGCCAAAAGAAAGACACUUUUAGAUAACAGUUCUACAUACAGCAGCGCAACUGUUGAAACGGAUAAAGAAGAACCAGUCAAAACGGAGACUGAUAAGUAAUCAUUUUCGAUAUUAAUUGAACAAUUUAUAGGAUAUUAUUACUAAAUUGUUACUACAAAUUAUUGUUUUAUAAGUUUUAUACAAAAGCGUAUUACAUUUUUUCUUGUAACUUAUGGAGACUCCAAUAGUUAAACUAUCUGAUGAAGAGC